GUUAAAUUACUGUCCAACAUUUCAGUUGGGACAAGUCGGAAUUUACCGAACAUUUAUGGCAAACCUCUGACGUUUCGUCUUCGGCGGUCAACUCAACCACACGCCCUGCUGUUGUUGUGUUUGUGAGGGGGUUGGGGGGUUGCUAGCAAGCUACCAUAGACUUAAAGAAAUCUCAUUCACCGUGUUAUUAUGUAGCAUUGUGCUAGGUAGUUGUAACGGUACAGUUAUCUGGAGUAUCGGAACGCUGAAAUUGUUCAUCUCAGAUAUAAUCUCAUGAAGUGAACAAUGUUUUUCCAGCCGGCCACAGUAGUCUGUUGAAAGCGUAGCAACUUCUUUGAUUCAUGGACGGUUUUCUCACAGUUUGACCCGCCAAUGUUAGCGAUAGCGAUAGCUGUUUUAAAAGGUAAUGUUAGCUUGCUAACGAGCUAGUUAGCAUGAUCUAUUUUAAAGCUAUGCUGCUGAAUUUGUGAGAUUUUGAAUACACGAUAACGUAUAGUUAGGGUCACCUACAACAACUACAUCACGUUUCCAUAUCUGCAGCAGGAAAAGGCGUGAGCCCCCCGAUGUGUGGGGUUUGUGAGGGUCUGUUAUCACACACCCCACCAUCUAUCCCCACGUGACGUGUCCUCUCCCCCCAAUACACGCACACACUCUCACCACGACGAUGUCACACCAUCCCAACAACCCAGUCCGAGACCAUAUGAAAUGGGCUGGGUUGCUGGGCUGUGAGGCGGUGCUGUCCAGCAUGGCUCUCAUGCAGGCCAACUCCAUGUCCGGCCACAAGAAGAUGGUGACGCCGCUGGGACCCGGCCAGAGGGACAACCAGGAGGGCCACCACAGCCACGGUCAUGGCCACGGACACGGCCACAGUCACGGACACGGACACGGCCACGGCCACAGCCACAUGGUGCUGCCCUCUGGAGUCAGCUGCUCGCCCGUGGUGAGACAGCCGCAGAACGCGGAGCAUAUGAUCCGCAAAGACGGGGAGUUCCACUCGUCUCGGUUGCUGGACGAGAAGGACAUGCGCGCCAGCCAGAGCCAGAACAUGCAGCCCAAGAAGAAGCACCGCAAGUCGGGCACACCCAACAAACUGCGAGAGAAACCACAGUGUGUUGUGCAGAUCGAGGUGCCCGACAUCAGUGACGAUCUGAGCAAAGUUCAGAAGAACUUCAUCUGUGAGCACUGCUACGGUGCUUUCCGUAGCAGUUACCACCUGAAGCGCCACAUCCUCACACACACAGGUGAGAAGCCAUUUGGGUGUGAUGUGUGUGACAUGCGGUUCAUCCAGCGCUACCACCUGGAGAGACACAAGCGGGUCCACAGUGGCGAGAAACCCUACCAGUGUGACCGCUGCCACCAGAACUUCUCUCGUACGGACCGGCUGCUGCGGCACCGGCGCCUGUGUUCGGUGGGCAUCGCGAAGGAGGAGAACCAGUCGUGUUGCGAGGGCCGGCCGUACUCCCAGGAGGCUCCGCCCCAACACACGGCCACCUGGAGCCCCUUACAGUCCCCCAACGGGCGCCUGGCUGUCUGACCUCCCACCUCCGCACCGCCAGUCGGCCGGCCCAGCUUGUCCGUCUGUCUGUCUGUCUCUGCGUUCCACACCAGCCCAGCCAUCCAUCCAUCCAUCCCUCCUGAUCUGACAGCACAGGGCUGCAGGGAAUUAGUCCAUCAAUGCCACACACACACACACACACACACACACACACACACACACACACACACACACACUCACUCACUCACUCGCACACAACACGAAGCUCUGUACACUGGAACAGACCAGGCCUGCUGACUGCGCUGGGUGAACUGGGGCAGAUACACUAGACUCACAUAGACUGUUGUUUUGUCAGUCUCUCCUGCCUCAUAUCCAGACUGAGGGGACAAUGGAGACUUUUCUACUUGUUGUAAUGAACAUCGAAAAAAAAAUGUUUUUUCUUUCUCUAGUUUGUUACAUAGUUGGUACUGAAACUAGAUUUGGAUGGGCUUAGUUGUGUUGUCACAUCAUGGCAAUAAUGUAUUCACUUAUUAAACUGUAAGAUUUGUUUCUGUUGGAGGCUCUGUCGAGGAUAUGCUCCAGAGCAGCCAUCAGCAGACUUCUGGGAGACUGGGAUGUGUCGUAAGACUCCAUGCACCGGCAGGUCUCUAGACACACGGGUGAGAGCCCACAGCUGCGUGAUGUUCCACAACUCGCCACCACAACGAGAGGAGUAAGAACCUGCUGAACACUGAGUGUGAAAAAGUGGCCUUUUCACCGUUUUUAAUCUUUUUUUUCCUCCAUCUCUGAUCGUGUUGGCCGUGAUGCGUUUGCUCUUAUAGAAAUGUUUGUAGAUCCAGUUAUCUACUGUGAUUAGACACGAUGUUAAUGUUUGAUCAUCAUAAGUGUCGGACAGAAUCCGGCGACCGCAAGUCAAGCAGUCAGUAGGCUCAGUUGACCUGUCAAGUGCCAUUUCAUUACUGUGUUUAGUGCUUAUUCCAGCCCCAGCCCUUCAGAUUACCCAGGCAACUGUGGUACCUUCAUGUCUCUGCUUGUCACACAAGUCCCUGUAAUUUAGGGUCAUCUCUUUUUAAAGCCAGAGAUCAGAAACUUGGACCGUCAAGUUGCAUUUGGAACUAGUUUCUCUUUUCUUUUUUGUUGUUCUUAAUGUGGAAGUGUCGUUGGGUCAAGGAAGGUGGUAAAGGCCUGGUGCUGCUGUUAGGCUACACACACCUGAAUCUCAUGUACUGUGUGUCAGGUGUUUUCUUUUUUUUCCUUUUUUUUUUUUUUUUAAAGCACUGGAUUCAUGAAGCCAAAAGUAGAGGAACAGAUUGUUAUUUAGUACUUUUGAGUAGAUAUCCUCUUCCUCUUAGAGGAUGGCUUUUUAUGUGAGGCCAGUGGUUUCCCGGAUCAGUGUUGUAUGAAGAGGUCAAAUUAGGUCACUUACCAGGAUAUUGGCUUUAGCUCCUUCCUCUGACCAUAGGCAGUUUUUGUACCUGCUGAAUUUAAGUUAAUAUAUAUAUUUUUUUAAUUUUCAAAAAAAAAAAAAGUUCUUAGGAAAGUUGUAGCAUAGAAUAGCAAGCGAGGAUUAGUUUUUUUUUUCCUUUCUAAAGAAGUAGUUUUGCAUGAAGUUUUGAUCCUCUGGCCUAUACCACAAAGUUUUUUUUUAUUAAGAAAAGAAGAAAAUGGGUAAACAUUUGUUUUGUUAGAAAAAUGCCUGUUUUAUUCUCUUUUUUUAUUCGUCCUAAACAAAUGAAGUUAUUGAUGACCCUAGAGUAGUGAGUGGAGAAUUAGGGCCCAAAUGAUGAACUAAAUAAAGUGUUUCCCUCUUUUUAAA